GCAAAGAGAGAACAGCAAACACUGAGAGAAUGGAUGUGAUCUUUGUUCAGGUGCUCGUUGGGAGUUUCUUACCAAACACUUUUAAGGAGCAUAAAAGGAAGGCUAUCCAGGAACCGACCUACUCACCAAUUCCAACAUCUACUGGAGUAUUGACAACAGCAAGGCCCCUUUCUCAGGCAAAUCCUGAUGAUGAAUGUGAAGCCGGUCACUUGACAGCUAGGAGUGAUGUCUACAGCUUCGGGGUUGUCCUUCUUGAGCUCUUAAUAGGACGCCGGUCUGUGGACAAGACUCGCCCGAGCAAGCAGCAGAGCUUGGUUGACUGGGCUCGCCCCAAGCUUAAUGACAAUAUUGUAGAGAUGAUGAUGCCGACCCUUGAUACAUAUUGUAGAUUGUGUACUUAGGAAUUUGACUUGUAUGUUUUUAGAAUGUUUUUGAAGUACAAUGUAAUCAAAUAUGAUAAUA